GAGAAAGGUUGGUACGGCUUGCAGGGAGCUGCCGCCUCUCCCUCAGCCUCCGCUCCCCUCCUCCCCCACCCCCCCGGCGCGCGCACACACACACAGACACACACACACACACACACGCUCACACUCGCCCCUCCACCCCCCGCGCCUCCCUCCCUCCUCGCCUCUUUGCAAUCACAAGAAGCGCACUCACACACUCCCUCUCGCUCACACGCGCGCACUCACACACACACACACACACACACACACGGUGGAAGGAGGCGAAUAACUCAGCCAUAUUUCAGCCGCCGCCGCCGGGAGCUGCGGGCACAGUCCGGGGACGCGGCGAGCAGCCUCGGCGGCCGCACCUCCGCAAAGCGCCGCGGCCGCUACGAUGUGUGCCGUGCAGGUGAAGCUGGAGCUGGGGCACCGCGCCCAGGUGAGGAAAAAACCCACCGUGGAGGGCUUCACCCACGACUGGAUGGUGUUCGUACGCGGUCCGGAGCACAGUAACAUACAGCACUUUGUGGAGAAAGUCGUCUUCCACUUGCACGAAAGCUUUCCUAGGCCAAAAAGAGUGUGCAAAGAUCCACCUUACAAAGUAGAAGAAUCUGGGUAUGCUGGUUUCAUUUUGCCAAUUGAGGUUUAUUUUAAAAACAAGGAAGAACCUAGGAAAGUCCGCUUUGAUUAUGACUUAUUCCUGCAUCUUGAAGGCCAUCCACCAGUGAAUCACCUCCGCUGUGAAAAGCUAACUUUCAACAACCCCACAGAGGACUUUAGGAGAAAGUUGCUGAAGGCAGGAGGGGACCCUAAUAGGAGUAUUCAUACCAGCAGCAGCAGCAGCAGCAGCAGCAGUAGCAGCAGCAGCAGCAGCAGCAGCAGCAGCAGUAGCAGCAGCAGCAGCAGCAGCAGCAGCAGCAGUAGCAGCAGUAGCAGCAGCAGCAGCAGCAGCAGUAGUACCAGUUUUUCAAAGCCUCACAAAUUAAUGAAGGAGCACAAGGAAAAACCUUCUAAAGACUCCAGAGAACAUAAAAGUGCCUUCAAAGAACCUUCCAGGGAUCACAACAAAUCUUCCAAAGAAUCCUCUAAGAAACCCAAAGAAAAUAAACCACUGAAAGAAGAGAAAAUAGUUCCUAAGAUGGCCUUCAAGGAACCUAAACCCAUGUCAAAAGAGCCAAAACCAGACAGUAACUUACUCACCAUCACCAGUGGACAAGAUAAGAAGGCUCCUAGUAAAAGGCCGCCCAUUUCAGAUUCUGAAGAACUCUCAGCCAAAAAAAGGAAAAAGAGUAGCUCAGAGGCUUUAUUUAAAAGUUUUUCUAGCGCACCACCACUGAUACUCACUUGUUCUGCUGACAAAAAACAGAUAAAAGAUAAAUCUCAUGUCAAGAUGGGAAAGGUCAAAAUUGAAAGUGAGACAUCAGAGAAGAAGAAAUCAACGUUACCGCCAUUUGAUGAUAUUGUGGAUCCCAAUGAUUCAGAUGUGGAGGAGAAUAUAUCCUCUAAAUCUGAUUCUGAACAACCCAGUCCUGCCAGCUCCAGCUCCAGCUCCAGCUCCAGCUUCACACCAUCCCAGACCAGACAACAAGGUCCUUUGAGGUCUAUAAUGAAAGAUCUGCAUUCUGAUGACAAUGAGGAGGAAUCAGAUGAAGUGGAGGAUAACGACAAUGACUCUGAAAUGGAGAGGCCUGUAAAUAGAGGAGGCAGCCGAAGUCGCAGAGUUAGCUUAAGUGAUGGCAGCGAUAGUGAAAGCAGUUCUGCUUCUUCACCCCUACAUCACGAACCUCCACCACCCUUAUUAAAAACCAACAACAACCAGAUUCUUGAAGUGAAAAGUCCAAUAAAGCAAAGCAAAUCAGAUAAGCAAAUAAAGAAUGGUGAAUGUGACAAGGCAUACCUAGAUGAACUGGUAGAGCUUCACAGAAGGUUAAUGACACUGAGAGAAAGACACAUUCUGCAGCAGAUCGUGAACCUUAUAGAAGAAACUGGACACUUUCAUAUCACAAACACAACAUUUGAUUUUGAUCUUUGCUCGCUGGACAAAACCACAGUCCGUAAACUACAGAGUUACCUGGAAACAUCUGGAACAUCCUGAGGAUAUAACAACUGGAUGCAUCAAGAACUAUUGUGUUUUUUUUUUUUUUGGUUUUUUUUUUUUUUGGUUGUGAUUUUUUGUUCUUGUUGUUUAUAUGAAAACACUCAAAAUGAUGCAACCAAAAGGGAAAAAAUAAAAAUCAAACAACCUUCAGCUUUAUUUUUCUUUAAAGCCAGUCAUCAUCUCUUGAUAAAGGAGAGGUUAAAGCAAACCAGCCUCAGCGGACCACUCUUCUCUCCAAGGAAAUCCCCGGGAAGAGUUAGCCUGGAUAGCCUUGAAAACAAACAAAUCAAACACAACACAAGAAAACUCAAAGAAUGUGUAUGGUAUCAUGUAUCUCUCUGUGGUGGUUCAUUCCACAGGACGAAUGCAUAUUCAACACACUGCCUUAUUACAUAACUGAUCUAUUUAUUAUCGCAUACAGAUAUUCUAAGUCGUUGAGGGAAUGACACCAUCAGACACUAUAAGUACUUGGUCCCGUGGAUGCUCUUUCAAUGCAGCACCCUUGCCAUCCCAAGCCCAGUGACCUUACUCGUAUACCGUGCCACUUUCCACCAACUUUUUCCAAGUCCUUUAACUCGUUGCAGUCUGUAUUUUCCACCUUUUGUUUUUCCAGUUCCAGGACACAGAUUAUCAACUGGGGGGACCAAAUAGCCACCUUGAUUUUCUUCUUUGUGGUCUUUUUCCUGAAAGUUGGGGCCCAGUCCUUGGCUGUAUCCAUGUAAUGAUCUUGGACCAUGGUAGAAAAUGCACCAAAUAGGAUCAUAUGAAUUGCUGUCUAGCCUUAGUCAAUAAACUUGUAGGACUUUUAAACAAAAGUGUACCUGUAAAUGUCCUGAAUCCAGCAUUGUUGAGCUGUCAUCAACAUUCUUGUGUCUGUUUUACUGUUACAAUAUUAGGUGAAUAUGGAAGUAAAGGCAUUCCACAGGAUCAUCAUUUAAAAAGAAAGAAUUCUGGUCCUGUUUUCUAAAAAAAAAAAACUGUUGUAGAAAUUCUUAAUUUGGAUCUAUUUAUUAGUCAGAGUUUCAGCUUUCUUCAGCUGCCAGUGUGUUACUCAUCUUUAUCCUAAAAAUCUGGAAUCAGAGAUUUUUGUUUGUUCACAUAUGAUUCUCUUAGACACUUUUAUAUUUGAAAAAAUUAAAAUCUUUCUUUGGGGGAAAA